ACUGCACACAUGUAACUGAAGUCCACUCCUCACACACCCCUCCCAGGUUUUCUUAUGUAACUGUAAUCAGGGUUUAAAUUCUGCUGAACAAGAGCACCAAACUCCAUUCAUGCAAAGAGAGUGAAAGCUGUGUUUUUAUCCACCCGCUGAGGGCUUUGAGUUAAUCAAUGGGGACCUUCACCGGAGCGUUUCUCAUUUUUCUGGUGUGUGUGCACCUCCCAGCUGGACCCACAGUUCAAGCUGGAAAGAUCCUGGUGUUCCCGGUGGAUGGCAGCCACUGGCUCAACAUGAACCUGCUCAUUCAGAGCCUUCACACCAAAGGUCACGAGGUUACUGUGGUCCGCACUGCCACCAGCUGGUAUGUGAAAGAAAAUGCCCCUCAUUACCGCUCAAUCACCAUCAGUCUACCAGAAGCUAUUUCCAUAGAAGAAGAGGACUUCUUUGUCACGUUCUUGGUCAAGAUGCUUGAGAUCAAGAGGCAUGGUGGGUCUGUGAUGGGCUUUGUGAAGUUCUACUGGGAGAUGCUCACAGUAUUGUCAAACAUUCAUCGGCAGGCCAGCAUGUUGGCUGUAGAAAUCUUCGAGAACAAAUCUCUGCUGCAGAGUAUCCAGGAUUCUCAGUUUGAUGUGGUUCUCGUGGACCCUGGGAUACCUGUAGGGGUCGUGGUGGCUCACCAACUAAAGCUGCCAACUGUUUUCAAUGUAAGAUGGAUCACCAGUGGGGAGGGUCAUUUUGUGGUGGCGCCUUCUCCAACAUCCUACGUUCCAAUUUCUGGACAUGCCGUCACUGACAAGAUGACAUUUUUGGAAAGGACCAAAAACACUUUUUUCUAUUUCUUCAACACAUGCAUUGACAAGCUGGUUGUAUGUCCUCACUAUGACGCACUAGUGGAAAGGUACUUUGGUCAGAAUGUAAACUUCUACCACCUUCUACAAGGGGCAGACAUCUGGCUCAUGAGGGUGGACUUUGUCUUUGAGUUCCCCCGGCCGACCAUGCCCAACGUCGCUUACAUUGGUGGAUUUCAGUGUAAGCCGUCUAAGCCUUUACCGCCAGAGCUGGAGGACUUUGUCCAAAGUUCAGGAGAGCAUGGCUUUAUCCUCAUGUCUUUAGGGACACUAGUGAAAGCUCUUCCACAAGAAAUCACUUCGGAAAUAGCUGCUGCUUUUGCACAACUUCCACAGAAGGUGAUAUGGAGACAUGCCGGAGAACGACCCGACAACUUGGGCAACAACACUCUGCUGGUGAAGUGGAUGCCGCAGAACGAUUUGUUAGGCCACUCCAAAAUUAAAGUGUUUGUUGCCCAUGGUGGUACUAAUGGCAUCUAUGAAUCGAUCUACCAUGGAGUGCCCAUUGUAGGCAUCCCCCUUCUGUUUGACCAGUUUGAAAACAUUUUGCGACUGGAAGCGCGAGGGGCAGCAAAGGGGGUCGAUGCAGCAAAGCUGAACCGGCAGAGCUUUUUGGAAGCGCUACAAGAGGUUCUCAACAAUUCGUCCUACAGAGACAACAUGAAGCGUCUGUCGUCCCUCCAUCGGGACAAGCCCAUGCAUCCACUGGACACAGCUGUUUACUGGGUCGAAUACGUCAUGCGGCACAAGGGAGCCGCACAUUUACGUACAGAGUCCUACAAGAUGCCCUGGUAUUCCUAUUAUUCUCUGGAUGUUAUUUCCUUUUUAGUAGCAAUCACGUUGAUCCUCAUAGCUGCUGUAGUUGGAUUCAUGCGAUUCCUGUGCCUCAAGAUGUCCAAGAGGAGGAAACCAAAGCGGGACUGAGUCCAUCUUUAGUCUUUUUCAAAUGGACAAUUAACAUAGGGGGAGGAGCCUGAAAUUAUGCUGCCCCACCCCCUUGACCUAAGCUGUAAAUGAAAAAUGUUCAAUAACAUUUUUCUAGAAAUCCCAACCUGUAAUGGAGGCUUCUGGCUUUCUCAUAUGAGUCUUCUCACAACCUAAACAUAUAUCCUGUCAAAUCAAGUUUUCUUUGGAAUGGGAAUCAUAGGUUACUUACCACCUGCAAGAGAAAAAAAUAAGUGAAAAGUGUUUCCUGUGUGAUUAUCUUAAAGUGUUAAAGUUAAACAUUUAUUAGAUAGUCUCAUGCAAAUGCUUGUUUAUUCAGCAAACAAACUCUAGAUACCAGUAUUGUCAAAAGGCCCCAGAUUUGCCUGGUGACAGAAAUAAACUUCAGACCUUUAUUGUGGCUGAACUACAUUGUGCAGUGCAGCUUUCUGAUUCUGACAUGUUUGUCUGAGUUGACUGCAGGAAAGUGAAAGUGGUUAAACACAGAGAUAACCGGAUCAGUGAAAACAGGUAUUACUAGAUUAGUAGAUUUCUGGUUUUCUGUACAUCUGGGAGCUUUUUGUAGUCAGUAUGAACUUAAAAAUGUUUUUUACCCUAUUUUAAGUAUCUAUUUCUCUCUAGACUCUUACCAUUUAAUUUCCAUUUGAGUCACAUUGCCAAUACAUAAGCAGAUCUACUCAAAUUUGGGCUACAGGAGGGUUGCCUCAGUGACAUGCAGUGACAUUCACAGCUGGUGAGGCACUGACAUCAUCAGUCAGAUUUAAAAACAGAUGACUGACAACAGUCAAAGUGUGUUUAAAAUUCAAUAUCAACAUUUUUCGUGCACAAUUCACCAACAUGGAUAUUGCUGACUUAAUUUUACUUAUAAAUUAAGUUCAUCUGACACUCCUUCUGAAGAAACACAUAAAUAACCUGUUUGUAGAAGUCUUCUUUUUCCUUCUUUAGUUUUAAAAGUCUCUCUGUCUCAAUAUAAAUCACUGCCAGUGACGUGUCUGAGUCAUUUUAGACACGCAAUCCUUCAUUUAGAAAAUGAUGUUAAACAAUAUUAAAGAAUAUCUGGACGGCUGCACUUGACUUGCUAUCGCUAACUCUAUUAUUCUUUAGCUGCAGUGUUACAUUAUCUUGGCUCAUCAGCGCCCUCUGCCUUGAGGCACAUGUAGUGAAAUAGAAAUAGAAAAAUGAAGUACACAAGGAAAGUUUCUUUUAUAAUGAAAGACCAAAAUAGCACAGCACACUAUAAUACAGCAGAAAUGUGUCAUCUGCAGCUCAAGUCAGUGUGUGCAGUGUUGAGGAGGCACAGACUGCUGGAGCCUCACCUGAUGAUUUCUCUUGUAUUUGAACAGGAAACUCUUCAAUUUGCUCCUUUUUUUAACCAAAGAAACAUUAAAAAACCCACAAAGACAAAGGAAGCCAAGAAUAGACGUGUCUAAAAAAAAAAAAUCAUCUUUAAUUUUUUUUUUAAUAAUUAAAAAGUAUUUUCCUCCUUUUUUAAUGUAUGUAUUUUUUUAGCUAUAUUUUACUGGUGAGGCACAGCCUUACUUGCCUCCCCUGACUGCAUGUCACUGUGUUCCCACAUAUAUGAGUAUCAUUGACCAACUUUAGUCAUGUUUAAAACAAGAACUUUUUGUUUUCAGAAUGUGAGUGUUGUUGUGUUGAGAGCCCGUCCGACUGCCUUUCACUGCCUAUCACGGCUAGAACACGGAAGAAAUG